UUCCCAACUUUUUGGCUUGUGAAGAUUUGAUUGAUUUGAUUUGAUUUGAUUUAAUUUUGUUUCUGGAAGUUUUCGACUUUUCCUACUUUUCUUGAUCCAUCCCUCUUUAUUUUUGGAUUUGAUCUCGUUUUCACUUCGCGGAGUACUUACUUUACUUCACUCGAGACAUCAUUCACACGACAAACGAGAGAAGAUUGAUGAUGUGCAAUUGACAACAUCACACAUUACACAUUCACAUUACACCAUUUACGCAUAGCAUCGGCCUCCUCCGCAGCUCAUUCAUUCAGCCUGAUAUCCAAUCCCCAUCUCAUCUCGUCUCGUCUCGUCGGGUCUCAUUUCACCACUCUAACCCGCUAAAACCCCACGUCCAUAAAUACUCAACCUCACCCCAAGGUCGCGAGGGUCGGAAGCGCAUUCCACCCACCUCGAUUGAAAAUUCGCGAAAAGAUUGAUAAGUUGCUGGCGGUGAACACGGCGUCGGCAAUUGGUUAUCGAGAGGAAGACGGGGAAUUGCCUUUGCCGGUUACGACGCCCAAGACGCCCAAGGAGAGGGGAAUGGGGCUGGGUAUGGCGCCAAAUAAGAAAGAAGCAGCGCAUGAAUGCGUGUCGGAAGAAGCACUCGUGCAUUUGAAAUCGUAUAAAUAUUCGAGUGUGGAUAAGAGUUUGAUUUCGAAUUAUAUCUUGAAGCAUUACGUAGGUGGCCUUUCCUUUUAUUAUCAUUCUUGGGACUUGGAGAAGGAUUCUCGCACGCUCCUUGAACAGAUCCAUUGUAUGUGGAAUGGCUUCGUCGAAUUAUUACCAUUAUGGUUGGCACCAAAUAUGGUUACAUUAUUGGGAUUCUUUUUCAUUUUGAGUAAUGUUAUCUGUUUGGAGAUUUUCAUGCCGGAUUUGGUGGGACCUGGACCAUCAUGGUUGUAUUACAGUUUUGCAUUCGGAUUAUGGAUGUAUUCAACAAUGGAUAAUGUAGAUGGAAAACAAGCUCGAAGAACAGGAACAUCUAGCGGACUCGGUGAACUAUUCGACCACGGAAUCGAUUCUCUGAAUUGUACACUUGCAUCUCUAUGCGAAACGGCUGCUAUGGGUCUAGGUACAUCCAGAGCUGGAAUCUUUACCGCAUUGAUUCCUUGUUUACCCAUGUUCUUUUCAACCUGGGAAACGUACCAUACACAUACAUUGUACUUGGGAAUUUUCAAUGGACCAACUGAGGGAUUGAUCUUGGCUUGCACGAUUAUGAUCAUGAGUGGUUAUUAUGGACCAGAGAUUUGGACACAUCGAAUUACGGAUUUAGUCGGUCACCAUUAUUUCCUCGGAUAUCAUGAAUUUUUCGGUUCAUACUCCGUUAGAGAUUUAUGGGUUCCAAUCCUCGUUGUCUCAUUAUUUGGUAUUCAUGUUCCUUUCUGCGUUAUUAACGUAAUUAAAGCCAGAAGAAGAGACAACUUGCCGGUUUUACCAGUUUUCCUCGAAUGGACUCCUAUGGCGGUUUUCACUUUCAGUAUCGGAGCUUGGCUUUUCUCUCCAUAUUCAACACUCAUGGAAGAAAAUCGUUUGGUGCUUUUCUGUCUUACCAUGAGUUUUGUCUUUGGAAGGAUGACGACAAAGAUCAUUCUAGCACAUCUCACAAGACAAUCAUUUCCUUACUGGACAGUUAUGCUUACACCACUUGUUGGUGGUGCUAUUCUUGGUAAUCUACCUCGAUUUGGUUUACCAGCUGUCAGCGUAGGAGUAGAAUUGUGGUAUUUAAGAGCAUACUUUGUUUUUGCUCUAGUGGUUUACUUCAGAUGGGCUUGGUUGGUUGUUACGAGUAUUUGUGAUUACUUGGGAAUCAACUGUUUGACAAUUCCGGAACAGAAGUUGGAGGAGAUUUAUAGAAAUCAAGAAAUGGAGAAGAGGUUAGAGAAGAGAGGAUUGGAGGUUAAUGGAAAGAGAACCCCAAGUGGAAGUGGAGCGAAGAGUCCAAUUGGAGUACCAAAUGGAAAGAGAGCUGAUUAGAGGAGUUGAGAUGUUGAGGUGUAUAGAGUACAUUCUUGAAGUAUGUGGGCUUGUGGGGUUGGAGAAGCCAUUGGAAUGAUAGAAAUCGGGUUAGAUCGUAUGUAUUUCGUGGGUAUAGCUAGGGAAACGUAGAGAUUUGAUUCACUCGUGGGUAUGGUCGGUACAGGUAGAUAAUGGAUGGAUGGAUGGGUGAUGAUGAGUAACGAAUGGGUCUCUCGGACUUGACUUGAGGUCAAACAAAAAAAGGAAUGAGUUCAUGUAUGGUUGGGAUGCAUAUAGAUAUUUUAAUACCGAAAAUUCUGAAGGGAGAGGAGAGAUUAUAGGGUCGAUGGAGGAAGAGAGAGGUUAUGUUGUUAAGCAUUGCAUGGCGUUGCGAACCUUUUAAGGGUGAAGCGAGAGUAACUUGAUUGAAAUCCUAGUUGCAUGUUGCUGGAUUUUUCUUUGAUGCGAUUGGAUUGGAUGGGAUUGGAUUUGAAGUAGAUGAGUGAUUGAAUGAACAAGAAGUUGAGGAAGGGAGAAAGGGAGGAAGCGAGGGAUUAGUAAUUCCGUACUUACUCCAUACAAUUUGUUAAUAAUACUUCUUUGCUGCAAAUUUUUAUUUGAUUUGAUC